UGAAGCUCUUAUUCAUCUUUCCCUUCAUCUUUGUCAUUCCACAUCUCGUCCUAUCUAUCUAUACCUUAAAACAUAAAGCAACUCUCCUCUCUCCCUCUCCCUCUCCGUCUCCGUCUCCGUCUCCCUCUGUUUCUCUCCCCCUCCUUGUCUCUCUUUUUUUCUUAUCAUUUAUUCGCAGACUCGCACUUUACUACAAGUUCAUAUUCACCAUACCCACUCUGCGUCAAAAAAGAAUAGGGGGCCACGCUUUUUUUUCUUUUCUUUUCUUUUUUUGGUCUUUUAGCAAAUCCAGUCUCAAUAAAUGCUGACACCCUUUGGAUUGUAGCAUUCAUUAAAAGAGCAUAAAGACACACCUUCUCAACUUGACCUUUUUCGCCAAAAAGACCUCAGUCAUUGUCAUAUUCUCGCCAUGGCAUCUGCCAAGCCCAUGCAAGAGACAAUACAGGUCGGCGACUAUAUUGUGGAGCAGGAAAUUGGUCGGGGGUCUUUUGCCACCGUUUACAAGGGCCAUCAUAGAGUGACGAAAGAGCUGGUUGCUAUCAAGUCAGUCCUCCGCUCCAAACUGACAAAGAAGCUGCUUGAGAACCUGGCAAGCGAGAUCAAUAUUCUGAAAGGCAUUCGUCAUGACCAUAUCGUGGCUCUUGUUGAUUGCAAGGAAACGGAGUCACAUAUCCAUCUUGUCAUGGAGUACUGCUCACAAGGUGAUCUAUCACAGUAUAUCAAAAGAAGAGGUGAUGGACCACCCUCGCUUCCUCCUCCACCUGGCGGUGGCCUACAUGAAGUAGUGGUGCGUCAUUUCCUGAAGCAGCUGGCUUCUGCUCUGGAGUUCCUCCGUUCAAAAAACCUUAUUCACCGAGACCUGAAGCCUCAGAAUCUCCUCCUUCAUCCUCCAAGUAAUAGCAAAGAAGGCAGUGGAUAUGGGCUCCCUAUAUUGAAAGUAGCAGAUUUUGGCUUUGCACGCUCGUUACCUCAUCUUAGUCUUGCUGAAACACUAUGUGGCUCACCCCUUUAUAUGGCUCCAGAAAUUCUCCGCUAUGAAAAAUAUGAUGCCAAGGCAGAUCUAUGGAGUGUGGGAACAGUCUUGUACGAAAUGUGUACAGGAAAGCCGCCAUUCAGGGCACAAAACCAUGUUGAGUUGCUUAAAAGAAUAGAGAAAGCUCAGGACGUGAUCACGUUUCCAGGUGAAACCUUGACAGAUAAUAGAGCAGGAUCAUCUCCUUCACAACAGAACAAUCAAUCGAUGGCUCCAAUAACUGAGGAUAUCAAGGACUUGAUCCGACAGCUAUUGAAGCGCAAUCCGGUGGAGAGGAUCUCCUUUGAAGAGUUCUUCAUGAACCCUACGGUGUCGAAUCUAGCUGCCCGUAAUAGGUCGAGAUCUACACAAAGCAGUUCUUCGGCUCAGGACUAUUCAAGAGUUGAAUCAGCAUCCACCGAUUCGAGUAGGCGACCAAUGACUCUUGAUCCGUCUCGUUAUUCACCGGAUAUAGGCCAUAGGGAAAGAGGGGACAAAAAGCCAAUUACUAUCCCAUCGGGAAGCAGAGAGCAAUCUGAAAGGGCGACAGAGUUUCGAUCACAUUCGCGGUCAAGGUCUUUGAAAAGUGGAUCACCAUCCGCCCUUCCAGAAAGUCGACCGCCACUUCAACUCCCAAUAUCUUCACCCAAGAUACAGUCCUUCCCUGCAGACUACCAAACCCAACCUAGCUCAGGACCAACCAAUGUAUCCGCUCGCCGUAUGAAAUCAAUGGAUAUCGGCUCAGAGGUCGCAAAUAGAGCGGCAACAGCCCAUCCAUUAUCACAACCUUAUCGACGUAGCACCCUGGUAGGUGUACCAGAUGGACCACGCCGAUAUAGUACACCAGACGAUGACGCGCUUCUGGACAAGGAUUACGUUGUAGUCGAGAAGCGAGCAGUGGAGCUCAACGUUCUAGCAGACGAGGUGGCAGGACCCCCUACAUCGAACUCAACACGAUCCAAGACUGGGGCUGGUCAAAUAAAUACACUCUCACCACCAAUUCCCACAUCUCUGGCUACACAAUACAGGACACCGCCACCACCAUUUCCAUACUCGUCUUCAUCUCAGUCACCGCCUUCAAACACCAGUUAUUUCGCAACGACGCCUCCAUUCGCGCUCCCAAUAACGCCUUCACCAGAAGAGUCGAAAUCGGCUCAGCUCCUGCACCGCCCAUCAUUAGGCCAGAUCCAGCCGAUGUCAUCACCCAACAGCGCUAGAUCAGGUAGCCCGCGCGAUAGUGGCAGGACGUCUGCUCUGGCCAAAGCUAUCUCGAUGGCAUCGAUGCGCUUGUUUGGCGCAUCCUCCUCUCCGCCUUCUUGGAGGAGCAAUACGUCGCUGAUCGGGUUCAUGGACAGCACUAAUAAGGGUGGGACUGAUGAGGAGUCGUUUCCUGAGGAGGGAUCUGUGCUUCAGGCUGUUGAGGACACUGCCCACAAGGCGUAUGUGGUAUCACAGUUUGCGGAUUCGAAAAUGGAAGGCAUUCGUCCGUUAGAUGAACUAGAAUAUUCUCCUUCUGAGGACAAUAGCCCCACAGCGGAUAGCAUUUUGGCAGAGGAAGCCUUUUUCUUGUAUCUUCGAGCCCUUGCAUUAUUGCAGUCCGGUAUGGACGUUGCCCGACGCUACUGGGAAGAAAGGCGUCCAGGAUCUAAGCCAGCGUCACGAAGGCUCAACAAUGGGGUUCAGUGGAUCCGAGAUCGAUUCAAUGAGUGUCUCGAAAAGGCGGAGGCUGCCAAGGCUCGUUCCGGAAUUGAUCAUCGCGAGGAGAGCGGCGUGGUCAUUGAGAAGCUUAUUUAUGAGCGGGCGUUAGAACUGAGUAAAGCAGCGGCCAUGAAAGAACUUCUUAAUGACGACUAUGGUGAGAGCGAGAAAUCUUAUCAGACAUCUAUAUGGAUGCUCCAUGCUAUCCUUGACGGCGCUGGUGAAGAUGGGCGCAGCGAGGCUAUUGAAGAGGAUGACCGUGAAAUUUUAAACAAAUUUAUUCAAUCGAUAAAGAAUCGACUCAACUUGCUUCAGAGGAGAAUUGCAGGAGCCAGGACCUGAAGAUCGGAACAAGCCGUUAGAUUCCUUUAAGGACUGUAAUAGGUGAAUCAUUAUCAAUAGGCCAGAGAACGAGGGCACAUCAUCUCCUUGCGGUGUCCUCGUGUGAAGACUAAACUUUAGGAUCGUGUCCCUUUUCCGUUCUACUGUGUUUUAUAUAAUGUAUACAAGCCAAAGCCUCUAUUGUAUUUCAGUAUGCCUGAUACAGAGAUCACAAACAUUGUUGCAAAUUCUCUCUACUUUACUUUGCGUGCAGCAGUACCAAGACCAAGAAUGUGUGUAAUAGCCAAAGAAUAUUAGAAAAGGCUAAAAUAGGCCAGAGUUACGGAUUACAACAACAAAAUAAAGAAACGCGUUUUG